AUGUUGACACAAACCACCCCUCGGGAACUCCCCACCGAACUUGUUGAGAAGAUCAUUGAAAUCCUCUGGCUAUCCACCUUUAGCAAUGCAGAACGGGUCAGAUUCAUGGCUGCGUCUGUGCUUAUCAGCAAAGCAUGGACCUGCCUUUAUAGCCGCAUCUCCUCGCGGGACGUUGUAAUCCCCUCAGUCCAAUACGCUAAAUACUUUCACACUCACCUCCUCGACGAACGGUCGGUCAUCUUUGACAAGACCAUCCAUGACAUGCCGAACGAGCAUUGCCGUUCCCUUCGCUUCCAUGUUGAAAGCCCCUCAGUCCAAACACCCACGCAUUUCAAUAUGAAGUUCGCACACAGCAUCGACAACUCAGAGAGCGUCUUCGACCUACUUGACUGGCUCGCCGACAUCCCAUAUCUACCCUUCCUACGUCACAUCUCCAUCGAGUUCCACAAUUGCGGCUUCACCGACCUCUUCGACAACAUGCGACUUGUCAUCUUUCCUACUCAGGUCACAAAUUUGGACAUAUCCUUCGGCUUCACGGAAGGAACGUCCCCCAAACGUAUUCGCGACUUGCAGAAAGACUAUCCCCUGCGCAUCCCUGAGGGACUUCCGCUCAAUCAUAUCGAGACACUGGCCAUAGUUGGGGGCGGCGUGUCACCGGUGCUUGGGCUGUUGGUGACAAGUUGCACUAGCUUGCGGGUAGUCAGGACAGACCUUUCUGAUAAAUCAACCGUGGAAGAAGAAAAAGAAUAUCUAAAAAUAUUGCGCGAAGUCUGCAUCGACCGGCACAUGUCAUUAGAGUUAUGUUAG